AUGGCGUGUCCCUUUCUAGAUGAGCCAGUUGACGUCGAGGCGCAGAUUCUCCGUCGAAAUCUCCGUCGGGAGAGGAUCAUUAGACCCCGAUUAGACGUGUUAUCAUUUCCUGAUGAGUACCUUUUUGAGCGUUUCCGUUUCUCUUCAACAUCAAUUAUUUAUUUAAACAACAUUCUCAGCCCUCACAUCUCUCACAUGACACACCGUGGACACGGUCUCAGUUCUGAACAAAUUCUUUGCAUUGCACUUCGUUUUUUUGCCAACAGCAGUUUUUUAUACAACAUCGGUGAUGCAGAGCAUGUCUCUAAGGCAACGGUCUGUCGGGCGGUCCGAAAUGUGACACUGGCAUUGAAACGGCUACUGAACAUGUUCGUAGUUUUUCCAGGUCACAGACCUACCAGACUUCUCAAGGAAGAGUUCCACAGAAUUGCAGGGUUUCCAGGUGUGAUUGGCUGCAUUGAUGGAACUCAAAUUCCGAUCUUAGCUCCUUCAAUGAAUGAAGGAGAUUAUGUGAAUCGGAGAUCUGUCCACAGCAUUAAUGUACAGAUCAUAUGUGAUGCAGCCCACAUGAUAAGUAAUGUGGAAGCGAAGCAGUGUUGCCAACUCCUCACGAAGUGGCCUGGGUCUGUGCAUGACUCACGAGUGUUUCGUGAGUCUACACUGAGUGCCAGAUUUGCCCGUGGAGAGUUCGAUGGUUACCUACUUGGAGACCGAGGGUACCCCUGCCAGCGCUACCUGAUGACCCCUUACCCUGACCCUGAGCCUGGCCCACAGCAACAGUACAACUUGGCUCACUGCAGGACACGAGCCAGAGUAGAGAUGAGCAUUGGGAUGCUCAAGGCCCGGUUCCAAUGCCUUCGUAGGCUCAGGGUCACCCCAGAAAGGGCUUGUGACAUUAUAGUGGCAUGCGUGGUACUCCACAACAUUGCAACGAUUAGGAGAGAACAAUGUCCUACUCUCCCUCCUACUGAUCUAGAUAAUCCAGACCCCCCCCCUGCUGAUGCACGGGAUGGAAGAGCAGUCCGAGACAUGUUAUGCAUUAAUCAUUUCAAUUAG